UUCUGUGAUGUCACUGAGGAGAGAAGAACGGGCACUGGGCUGGGCUCCAGCUGCUCUGAUUCCCCUCUCCUCUGGAUUCCUGUAGAUUUUGGGGUGAGGGGAGGUGACCUGAGUGAUCACUGGGACCCAGCUGUCUCCCCUCUGGCUGGCCACCUCUGCCCCCACCACAUUUAUGGAGAGAAAUUAGCCAGUAAAACUUAAAGAAAAGAACUACCUUCAAACUGAGCUAGAAAAGAGUAUCUGGGCAGUCUAUGAGAAUGGACGAGUCUUCAAAAGCUAAUCCUCGGAGCUUUGAAAGCACCACAGUCCCUUUCUUCACCAUCCUUCUAAUUUGCUUCAUUUGCAUCUUCUUUUUAUUGGUGUUUUUUAUAUAUAAAUGUUUCCAAGACAAAAAAGAUGAAGUGACAGAAAAAAUUCCUUGUAUAGAUGCUAAUGGAGGUGACGAUUGCUCAUCUUCACCUGCUAAUGAGACAAACGAGGCAGGAGACCAAGAAAAGAUCCUGAUGCAGAUCAUAGGCUCGAAUGCACCAGUGAGGCCUGGGAUUCUCGUCCAGAGACAGAAUAAGGUGGUGACAUCUUUAGGAAACAGAGAGGGCACAGAGGCAGAGAAAGAGGUCAAAAUGAAAGACAGGCAAGGGCCUGAGGAUUCUGGAGAAGUGAAUCAAGAGGAUGAAAAUUUGCAGGAAACACUCAUACCUUCAGUUACCGAAAGCCAAAAAAGACCUUUAAAAGGAGUGACAUUUUCUAGGGAGGUAAUUAUUGUGAAUCUUGGGAAUGAACAACACCCUGCACAUCAAAGAUAUGCUCAAGAACAUAAAGAGAGACGAAAAAGCCCAAAAAGGCAUAAGAGAAAAGGAAAUAUAAACACUGAAUAACAAGGGAAUGACUGAGGAUACUAAGUCAUGUUGAAAAAGCAAAAUACAGUAAUAGAAUUAAGCAAAUACAGAUAGCUUUUUACCUUUGGACAGAAAGAAGUGUGCCACAUGCAGAACUUUAUAAGUGAAAUAUUCAUAGCUUGAAUAUAGUUUUUUUAAAAACUCAAAUCUGAGUUCAAUAAAUUGUAAAACUUUGCCUAUUCACUGUCCUAACAUCUAAAUAAAGUUUCUUAUUUUGGUGCA